UUCGUUCCAAGAAUGACGGGAUAUGAUCGAUUUCACACCCUCCCAAGAAAAGGUUUCAACAAAAAAAAACAUGAACCACCAAGAAAUUUGAUUUGGCGUUGGCAAUUACCAAAAAUGGCCCACCCUAACAAAUCUAUGCCUAUCGUUUCUCCACCGAACAAAAAUAUCACGUUUCCUACCCGGGAAUGUUUCGAAUUCUGCAAUAACGACGAACCAGAGCUAGAAAACAAACCCAUCGCCGGAGAUGGAAGUUAUUGGGUUUAUGACCAACAAAUGGGUUGCAACGGCCAUCGGGAUUUGGAUCCAAUGCAUCUGUGGUGCUUCCUACACCUUCAGCAUCUAUUCUUCGGCUCUCAAAUCCACUCAGGGCUACGAUCAAUCCACCCUCGACACCGUUUCCGUUUUCAAGGACAUCGGCGCCAACGCCGGCGUCAUUUCUGGUUUUCUUUACUCCGCCGUUACUCCCGCCUCCCGUCGACGUAGCUCCGUUGGCCCAUGGGUGGUUCACGCGGCGGGAGCGAUUCAAUGCUUCCUCGGUUAUAUUUUCAUCUGGGCGGCGGUCUCUGGAUUGAUUGAUCGGCCACCGGUGCCUGCGAUGUGCUUCUUCAUGUUCCUGGCUGCUCAUGCGCAAACGUUUUUCAAUACGGCGAACGUUGUGACUGGCGUUCACAAUUUUGCGCACCAUAGCGGGACUAUUGUGGGCAUCAUGAAGGGAUAUCUUGGUCUUAGUGGAGCACUGCUAAUCCAAGUUUAUAACACGGCGUGCAAUGGAGAUCCAAGCAAUUUUGUCCUCAUGUUGGCUGUUUUCCCCACACUUCUAUCCAUCAUGUUCAUGUGGUUUGUUAGAAUUGAUAGAACAGAGUCUAGAAAUGAGAUGAAGCAUUUGAACUCACUGUCUGCACUUGCUGUGAUAGUUGCUUUUUACCUAAUGGUUGUCAUAAUUUUCAACAACACUUUCUCCCUUUCAUCAUGGACUCGUUUUGUUACAUUCUCCAUACUCUUGGUUCUCCUUGUUGCUCCUCUUGGAAUCGCCAUUAACGCUCAGAGGGAGGACUUUAGAAUGUCAUCUCCCUCAUUUUUCACUGAAGAAAACCCUGUUCUUAACAAGCCCAAGUCAGCGAAUGCAGAGGAUUCUGUUGAAUAUCAUGAGCUGCCCAGUGAUGAGUUGCAGACAAUGGCUGCUGCAAACUCCAGAGCUCCCCGAGCCAUGAAUGUCUUGGAAGCUUUACGUACUUUGAACUUCUGGCUUCUGUUUGUUGCCAUGGUGUGUGGAAUGGGUUCUGGAUUGGCCACCAUAAACAACAUGAGCCAACUUGGCCAAUCUCUUGGCUACACAGCAACAGAGACGAAAACAUUUGUGUCCUUGUGGAGUAUAUGGAACUUUCUUGGACGUUUUGGAGCUGGUUACACCUCUGAUUUUCUUCUACAUUCAUAUGGCUGGGCGAGGCCAUUGUUAAUGGCCAUCACUCUUCUGAUAAUGAGUGGUGGCCACAUUGUAAUUGCCUCUGGUUUCUCUGGAAAUCUGUACGUGGGUUCAAUUCUUGUUGGCAUAUGCUACGGCUCACAGUGGUCGCUGAUGCCCACAAUCACUUCAGAGAUAUUUGGUUUAGAGCAUAUGGGAACUAUUUUCAACACCAUAGCCAUAGCCAGCCCUCUGGGGUCUUACAUUUUCUCUGUUCGGGUCAUCGGUUACAUUUACGACAGAGAAGCUGCCGAAAAACAUGGCUCCUGCUCCGGCACACACUGUUUUGUGGUAUCUUUUCUGGUCAUGGCCAUUGUGGCUUUCUUGGGCUCUCUUGUUGCUGCUGCUCUCUUCUUUCGAACUAGGAGAUUUUACCGACUGGCUUUGCAAAGAAGAGUGGAACGUCUCAGUUAAAAGCUACCAGGGA